CAAAUCGCAGUGAGGUACGACCAUGGAUGAGUACAAGACGUCAAUUGCCAACGUCGAUACGGCACUCAAUAGGCUGAAGCAUACGUUGGCAUCCUUCGAGCUGUCUGCCUCUUCGGCUCAAAAGUCGAGCACUCCACGGACUGAAAGCAUUCCUGCUCACAAUCGCGAGAGCGACCAGCCCACUGACGGCAAAAUACAAUGCUCAAUCUCUUCAAAUGCUACGUCAUCUUGUCCGGAGUCGAUGCUCACACUGCGAGCAUCUCGCCAGUAUCCGGAGAAACAUGUCAAAGGCAGCGCCAGGCUGGCCGAGCUAGAAAAGAGCUUCCAUUAUGUUGCCGAAAAUCCAUACUCGAUACCCGCGCAUGUUCUGAUAGCUAGCGAAUAUCUUGGCCUUGGCUAUCCGGAUCUAGCUUCUGGGGCUGCGUACAAGGCACUUUUGCUCUCCGAUGCGCUCGAAAACGAUGCCGAAGAAUAUCAUGAUGAGGCUUGUGAAGCUCUGAAGACGAUUAUUCAGGGUCAGCCACUUGAGGAGCGUAUCAAAAUCAUUCGACAAGCAAUGGAUGCCGGCAUUCAGAACGGCGGUGUGUCCCCUGAGCUGGAUCCCGCGCUUGACAUUGAGAUCACACUCUGGUUGAAAGUGCACUAUUUAUUGAUCAUCUAUCGCAUCUUGGCGCGCAGCCUCUUGCUUUGUUCAUGUUACCGGACUGCUCAUUCAUAUGCACAGCAGGGGCUCUCCCUCUAUUCGGACGAUGAAGAGCUGAGCGAUCUUCGCCAAAAGAUACGCAGUGAGGUCACAAGACUUCAUGGCGCUCAGCUUGAGGACUCUCCAAACGAAUGGCCCGACCAUGGCCUUGUGCGUCGAGAACUUUACCCCUGGAACGAUCGAGAGCCUGACCGCAUUGCCGACCUUGACCAAAUCAACAUGCUUAUGAACGAUGUGUCCGACAAACUUGAAGUUCGUGCAGUAGAUUUGCCAGCGCUGACCGGCGAUACCGAUGGGACUGUGAUGCAGCUCGGUGUCUUUGCGAAAGCUGACAUCCAGCCAGGCGAAAUCGUCUUGAACGAGACAUCCCUCCUGACAGCGAACAACAAACUGCAAGAUGCGCUCUGCGACGCUUGUAGUGCAGACCUUCCCGAAGUGGGCAGCGCUGACUGGGAAAAAGCAGUCGUCUGCGAUGACUGUGAAGUCGUUUUCUGCAGCGAUUGGUGUUUCGAAAAUGCCAGAGACAUGUAUCAUCCUGCCCUGUGCGGCCAGGACGUGGAAGCUAUCGCAAAGGACGUGCCGCCGGCUCAAGCCGCAGAUUCGCUAUACUCGCUGCUCUUGCUGCGAGCACUGGCCAUGGCGGAAACACAAGAGGUACACCCACUGGAUUUACCAGAUGUACGAUACAUUUGGGGCGACUUCACACCAACACCGGAUGUUGACGCACCUGCAUACCAAGAGCUGGACUCUUCUGCCUCUUGCCUGGUACCACGCACGUUACCAUUCAGCUUCGAGAACAACGUACGUCUACCAUUUCACAUGCUCGAGAAGAUGGACGUGGACAUCUUCGCCAACACUCAGUACGAUGUCUGGGUCUUCAACACGCUCUACGCCAAGUUCCGCGGCACAGCAUCUGCACGCCUUUCAGGUCUCGGUGGUCGCGCGAUUCGAGGCCCUGAAGUCUCCGCCGUGCACCCAAUGUGGUGUCUCGCCAAUCACAGCUGCGACCCAAACGUCAGCUGGGAAUGGGGAGGUGCGAUGAAAUUCUGGGCAAAAGAAACUCGAGCGGCCUGGGUGGGCAAAGACGGAACUCAGACAGUGAUGUCUCAAGCUGGCAUCAAGAAAGAUGAAGAGAUCAUGAACCACUACUGCGACAUCGAGCUUCCUGUUAACGAGAGACGAGAGUGGGCGCGUGGCGCGCUCGGAGGCGAUUGUCUGUGCCCACGUUGCAUAUACGAGGCAGAAGCGACAACGAGCAAGUAACAGCUUCGCCAUACGCAGC